AGCUGAUGGAUGUUGGAUGUCAAAAGCAAAAGUAUUAUUUUCCGCUGCCUGCUGAUGCUCGAUGGAGACUGUGCACUGCGACACUACUUGUCUUAUUGUUUACCAAGCCUCAAGCCCCAAAAAGUUUUAAAUCUGACGCGAGAGUGCAAGUUCUUGAUAGAUUUAUUAAAUUUUAAUUGUGCUGGAAGCUGGAAUCCUUGACACAAUGGCUGAAAUGGACGACAAGUUCAAUUACGUCUACAGCUCAUCUGUUGAUGUCAGAGUCCAAAUCAAAAUUGGUUCUCUAGAGGGCGAUAGACAGAAGUUUGAAUAUGAAAAACUGCUUGAAGAUCCCAUGCUCAAGUUUUCGGGUCUCUACCAAGAAAACAAUAACCAACUAGCAGAGCUGAUGGUUCAAUGUGAAGUGUUUUCCAACGGAAAAUCGCUUGCUCUCCCAGUACACACAUGCUGCAAAUCAUUUACAAAUAGGUGGAAUUGGAAUGAAUGGGUGACUUUGCCACUGAGCUACUGUGACCUGCCCAGAGAUUCGGUUUUAGCAAUCACGAUUUUUGACUGCUCUGGCCCAAGACGACGAAUGCCUGUUGGUGGCACCACAUUGUCAUUUUUUGGAAAAUAUGGCCUCUUCAGACAGGGAAUGAUAGACUUGCAAGUGUGGCCAGAUCAAGUUGCUGACGGCUCCUUGAACAACGAUACUCCUGGCAAGGGAGGCUCUGGCAGAGCUAAAGUACAAAAAAUCAACAAGCUAGCCAAGAAAUACAGAAACGGGCACAUUCCCAAAGUUGACUGGUUGGACCGCCUUGCUUUCCGGGAAAUAGAAUUGAUUAACGAAAAAGAGAAGAGGAAUUCUCAGUUUCUAUACUUGAUGGUGGAAUUUCCUAAAUUUGAGCAGAACGGUGUCAAUUAUGCCAUGGUAUAUUACGAAAAAGACGGUGACGGAAUCUACCAGUUUCGAGUUCAAGCUGACAUUGUCACUGUGCCUGACAGUGAGAUACUUUUGGAUAACUUGGUUGAAGUCAAGCAUCACAAACUUGCUCGUUCUCUGCGAAGUGGGAUGUCUGAUAAGGAUGUGAAACCAAACGCCGCAGUCAGAGAUCAACUGCACACGAUUGUUGCCUACCCGCCAACUAAAGCUUUAACUGCUGAAGAACAAGAUUUGGUCUGGAAGUUCAGAUUCUACCUUAGCAGUCAGGAGAAGGCACUGACCAAAUUCUUGAAGUGCGUGAACUGGAACUCGCCCCCAGAAGCGAAACAGGCGCUAGAUUUGCUGCCCCUCUGGGCUCCAAUGGACGUUGAAGAUGCAUUGGAGCUGCUCAGUCCAAAUUUUACCCAUCCUGCUGUGCGUCGAUAUGCAGUUUCCAGACUCAGUCAAGCCCCAGAUGAAGACUUGCUUUUGUAUCUUCUUCAACUCGUGCAAGCAUUGAAAUAUGAGAAUUACGAGGAAAUCGCAGCUCUCAGCAAUGAAAUCGUCAUUGAGACCGAAAAUUCAGGACGGCGAUUCAGCAGUGCAGAUAACGAAUCCAUUCCAAAACAAACCAAAGAGCUCAAGAAGUCAUCUAGCUCUGUCAAUUCAAGUGAUUUGGCCACCUCUGCCCCCUCUACUGCAAGGGCAGCCUCCCAAAUGGAUGGUACUACCAUGACUGAAGCGUCUACUGAACCAGUCAAGCCUCUGGAGCUCAACAUGGACUUGGCCACUUUCCUAAUCCAUAGAGCGUGUCUCAACUCGACCCUAACAAAUUACUUUUUCUGGUAUCUAUGGACUGAGUGCGAUAAAGAUGAUGUGACAGGCAAACCAGACACUAAGGAGCGAAGCAUGUACUUGGCUGUUUUUAGUCGGUUUUUGCAGACUCUUCAGAAAGGCCUUCCAGAAUGGCAAAGCCGAAGGGCUUUCUUAAGAAAACAGCAGGUUUUCAUGGAUAAACUAGUGAGUCUCAUGAAGAGCAUUGCUCGCGAAAGUGGAAACCGGAAGAAGAAGAUUGAUAGGCUGCAGUCCAUGCUGGCCAAUCCUGACGCAUUCAAUUACAAUUUCGCUGAUUUCAAGCCAUUUCCGUUCCCGCUUGACCCCGAUGUGGUCAUCAAAGGGAUCGUCCCUGAAAAAACAACGCUUUUCAAGUCUGCACUUAUGCCGUCUCGGCUCACAUUCCGCAGCACUACAGGACAAGAAUAUGUGGCGAUUUUCAAGCAUGGAGAUGACCUCAGGCAAGACCAGCUCAUCCUUCAAAUAAUCACCCUCAUGGACAAGCUGCUUCGUAGAGAAAAUUUGGAUCUCAAGCUAACACCAUAUAGAGUUCUUGCAACCAGCAGCAAGCAUGGAUUGGUGCAAUUUGUGGAAUCAAUGCCAGUUGCCGAGGUGCUUGCUACUGAAGGGACAAUCCAAAAUUUCUUCAGAAAACACAAUCCCUCUGAAAACGGACCCUAUGGCAUCGCAGCAGAGGUUAUGGACACUUACGUUCGAAGUUGUGCGGGCUACUGCGUCAUAACCUACAUUCUUGGAGUUGGUGAUCGUCACCUGGACAACCUUCUGCUGACCACAUCUGGGAAGCUAUUCCACAUUGAUUUUGGUUACAUCUUGGGCCGCGAUCCAAAGCCACUUCCCCCGCCAAUGAAGUUGAGCAAGGAAAUGGUAGAAGCGAUGGGUGGUAUCAACGCAGAGCACUAUCAAGAGUUCCGAAAGCAGUGCUACACUGCGUUCCUUCACCUGCGAAGACACGCAAAUUUAAUUCUGAACUUGUUUUCCUUGAUGGUGGACGCGUCAGUGCCUGACAUUGCUCUCGAGCCAGACAAGGCGGUCCAGAAAGUUCAAGACAAAUUGCGGCUAGAUUUGGGCGACGAGGAAGCUGUCAGCUAUGUGCAGGGACAGUUGGACCUUUCUGUCACAGCUGUCAUGGCAGCCCUCGUAGAGCAACUCCACAAGUUCGCGCAGUAUUGGAGAAAGUAGAUUAGGCUAAUUGUGAUAAUAAGAGUUUUCGCAUCUCUAUUUAUGUAAAUUGACUUACUUGUGUAUCAUCAAGAAAUGAUGGCAAUAAAAAACGUUUUAAUUAUUUCA